AUGAAUCCUUUACAAAAGAACAAGAUCGACAUUGCAUCUCUUUCCCCUGAUGAGCAACGACUCUUCCGUCUCUAUGGCAAACUUCCCAGUAAAGCCGACCAUUUGGCCAAGCAACUCAAGGAACGUAAAUAUUUCGACUCUGGCGAUUAUGCACUCUCCAAAGCUGGCAAAGCAUCUUCCGUCGAUACCGGCAGCGUCGGCUCUGAACAUCCCGUCCCAGAAAAUAUCCCACAUCUCUCAUCUCCAAGCGUCAGCAGCGCCGCACAGGGUGGUUCUGGUAACACAAAUGUAGGACCCGGAUCUGCACAUCAUGGCAGUAUCACAGGACUGGGAUUGGGUCAGCAGAGUGGAAGUCCUGUGAAGGAGAGCAGUUUUUUACAUCGGGAGACGAGUAUCGAUGAGGCAGAUAAGAAGAAUGAUGGAAGCGCACAGCAACCAGGAGAUGGUAGUGUUAGUCCACCGCCUGUCAAGGGAGGUAUUCCAAUCAACGGAUGA